CUGUGAGUCCAGUGUGCGUCUGCAACACCGAUAGAUACAGAAGGCCUACAACAUUCAUUUUAAAAAACUGUCAGUAACUAAGGUAUAUAUAUAUAUAUAUUUUAAGUUUUUUUUUUUUUUCAGACAAAGGCAAGGUAUGGCCUCUAGAAGCGCAGGGACUCUUAUUACACACAACAAUGCAACCUAUAAACCACCUGCUCUCAUGCCCGGAUACCGAGGCUAUGUGCCAAUUGCAAAGUUUACGUAUGGUGACACAUAUGGAAACACCACUCUGAAGAGCUUUCAGGAUUUUCGUUCUCAGGCUUUGAAUACAAGCCAGAGUCCGUACAGCACUGGAGGCCACUACCCAACAAUGUACUCUCAUGACCCCUCACUGGUGAUCGCCAGCAGAUCCCGGGACAGAGACAGGAUGCUUCUUGCCCCAUAUAUGUCCAAAAACAGUAUGGAUUCCGACAGGCAGCAGGAGCUUACACAGUUUGAAAAGAUGGCUCAGAAACACAGGGUCAGCUACAAUGACAAAACUGGAACAGUGCAGCCGGUGAAGUACUUCAUUCUGCCCACCAGUGAGGGAGAAGGGUUCCCACAGCGUCAAGAUAUCUGCCUGACAACUGUGAAGAAGAAUAAGAUGGCAUCUUUGCCUCUUGGAGUGCACAGAUACCAGACCUUCGCUUCGGGGUUGAGAACUGCGUUGGGUGACAGGACAUGCAGGGAUGUAUUCUUUGAGAGCCGUUAACCUCAACUUUAAUAAUAAAAGUGUGCUGAUGCUUAAAAACUGCAAAAAAAGCAUUUACUUAUUUAAAAUAAUUGUGCCCAUUUAUAAAUCAUAUACACUCUGGUAAACGCACUAAUGUCAAAUGCAAAAACAGAUGCAC